AUUUUGGGGUGGAGGAAAACCGCAAACCGGGGCCGGACGGGUCGAGUUAUACGUUAACUAGACUGGAGGGGGCUGCAGAUACAGACCUAAAGAAAAAUAGAAAUACGCCACCAAUUGCAUUUGCAUGCUCUCAUUGUCGUUCAGAUUGACUUCCCUCCCAAUCAUGAAAAGACACAGACCCAAACCCACCCCAAUCCCAAUCCCAAUCCCACCACCAACACCGCCACUCUUCACCACCAAACCCCGCUCACAAACCCACCACAACCCCACCAAAAAACUCAAAUCCAAAUGGGUCCCUCUCAAUCUGACCCAAUCAGAGCUCUCUCUCCCCCUCACUUUCCCAACCGGCCAAACCUUCCGCUGGAAACAAACCGGUCCUCUUCAGUACACUGGCGUCGUUGACUCCCACCUUGUCUCUCUAACCCACCUCCAAAACGGCGACGUUUCUUACUGCCUGCACCACACUACAACUUCAGAGACCAGUGCCAGGUCAGCCCUGCUUGAUUUUCUCAACGUGGGUAUUUCUCUCAGUGAAAUCUGGGAGGUUUUCUCGGCCUCGGACCCCAGGUUUGCUGAGCUGGCGUGCCACUUGGGUGGUGCACGUGUGCUCAGGCAAGACCCACUUGAGUGUUUGAUUCAGUUCUUGUGUUCUUCCAAUAAUAACAUUAAGAGAAUUACUAAAAUGGUGGACUUUGUUUCGUCUUUGGGGACUUUUUUGGGGACUCUGGAAGGUUUACAGUUUCACCAGUUCCCGAGUUUGGACCAGUUGGCUUCAGUUUCCGAGGAUCAGCUUAGACAGGCCGGUUUUGGUUACAGGGCCAAAUACAUUACUGGCACUGUAAGUGCUUUGCAAUCAAAACCUGGUGGAGGUGAAGAAUGGCUUGCUUCUCUUCGUAAUAUGGAUCUUCAAGAGGUUAUUGAUGCUCUCUCUACUCUACCUGGAGUUGGUCCUAAGGUGGCAGCAUGCAUUGCUCUCUUCUCUCUUGAUCAACACCAUGCCAUUCCUGUUGACACACACGUGUGGCAGAUUGCUACAAGGGACCUAUUACCAGAGCUUGCAGGUGUCCGACUGACACCUAAACUCUGCAGCCGUGUGUCAGAGGCAUUUGUGAGCAAAUAUGGCAAAUAUGCUGGUUGGGCUCAAACUCUGCUUUUCAUUGCUGAAUUACCUUCUCAAAAGGCCCUCCUACCAGCACAUUUUUGGAGUACCAAAGAAAAGAAAUCUACAAAGACUAAGAAUGGCUAAAUGUGCAGAGGAGCGUGAUUUGUAAAAGCUAUUAUUGAUCUCAUGAUCAAGAUGCAAGGGGGUCAUUGGAAGUAACAAUUCUUUGGUAAAGGCAGUGGGAUUUGAAUCAUGGUAGCAUUUCACAAUUUGAUGGAGGAUGACAUCAAAACUGCAUGCCCUUUUCAGGUUGCUCCUCCAAAUCAUGUCACAUCUUCUUCUUAUAUAUGAUACAAAUUCAAAGUAUUUGUGCGUAGCUUGACUCAUUUCCAUUGUGUUGUUAAUCACUUACUGAGCUGUGUAGCUCACUUUCAUUGAUAACUUUCAGUGUAAAGUUUAACUGAGAGCAGUAGACUUUUUCAUUAAUGAAUAUUUAUUGGCUGUGGGAGAUUAUUUGAAAUUUUAUUAUAUUUGAGGUUUAACUUUAGUUGACGUUGUAAGUUAGUUAUGAAAAUUCUCCUUUAUGGUACUUCAUAUAUUCCCCAUGA